AUGAGCUCCAAUGUGCCUGGUGUAGAACACCGGGAUCCUCAAUAUUUUGGCUACUAUGCUCAGCUACAACACCAACAAAAUAUGCUUCAAGAUACUGUUCGCACAUCAACCUAUCGAUCGUCCAUCUUGCUUAAUUCAAACUGUUUUAAGGAUAAAACUGUGAUGGAUGUGGGUGCAGGCUCGGGUAUCCUGUCUUAUUUUGCCGUUCAAGCCGGCGCUAAGAAGGUCUAUGCAGUGGAAGCGUCUGGCAUGGCAAACAAAAUGAAGAAAAUUGUAAGCGAUGCCAACGAAGGGAAAAACAACCCAUUUAUGAAAGACAAAAUUGAAGUUAUCAAUGCCAAAAUUGAGGACCCCGAUUUGCCUAUCCCUCAAGUCGACACCAUUAUUUCGGAACCCAUUGGGGUUCUGUUAUUCCAUGAAAGAAUGUUAGAAAGUUACAUUUAUGCAAGAGAUCAUUACUUAAAGCCUGGAGGUGCUCUCUUUCCAUCCAAGGGAAACAUUUAUCUUGCUCCUUUUACUGAUGCUACCCUUUGGAGUGAAACGAUGGCAAAAGCAAGAUUUUGGGAACAAAAGUCAUUUUACGAUAUCGACCUGUCAUCGCUCUAUAAAGAAGCCCGCGACGAAAUGUUUGGUAUGCCUGUUGUGGGCCACUUUGAUCCUCGCAAUUUGAUCACCACACCUACUUUGUUCGACGCUUAUCCUGUUGACUUUGCAACCACUACAAUUGAGCAAUUAUUAGAUAUGACCAUCCCUUUUCAAUGGACAGCUCAUUAUACAGGGCUUAUGCACGGUGUGGCAGGUUGGUUCGAUUUAAUUUUUGCUCCUCCGCCUUACAACGAGACAUCCAAAAACAACAACGACCUGACAUCCACUGUAAUUGAGAUGUCUACAGGCCCCGCUGCCGAUCGCACACAUUGGCAGCAAGUACGUUUCCUAUUCAAGGAACCAUUGGCUGUGAAUGCUGGCCAAAACAUUAGAGGCUGGAUGCGUUGUAUUGUGAAUGAUAUGCGUAGUUAUACCAUUUAUGUCGAAGUGACAGCUACAGACGGUAUCGAUUUGAGUUUGCCUGAAAAUGUUGACAAAGACCCUGAAUUUACAAAGCCAACAAAGGACAGGCCUUUGGUACGACGUGGCAUUUGGGAAUUACACGAACAAACUUACAACUAUAGUUAUACACCGGGAAUGAUGCCUGAAUACAAGCCUGAAUACGCUUGUUUAUACGACUCUGAAAUCAAUCUGGACAAUAAUGCAUUUAUCAAUAAUACUACCUCCACAAGUGCUACUGCAGCCAACAAUCUUCAUGCUAUGCAAUUGGAUUUGGAAGCGAUCAAUGUAAUGGAUCAAUAUGAAGAUUUUGUAAAUUAA